UACUAGCCUGAAAUCAGCACAAUUUUUGGAUCAGCGUUAGUUAAUUAAUAAUCUUACACAUUAUUUAAACUCAAAUCCUUAGUGAGUGCUGCAUAUAUAUCCAAGUUUUCAGAGCAGUAAAAAUGAUAACACACUACUGAGCUCAAGAUCCCGUAACUCCCUAUUAUUCCCUUGAGGAAUAUUUAGCUAAUAAUUAUCCUUUAUGUAAAUAGUGCAAUGCCUAACUGAAGACUUUCAUUCAUUCCAACGUUCAAAAACAGAGCUGAACAUUCCUGUCAAAAAGCUAUCCAGGUCAGUGAGUCUUCCUUAUCUCUCAGUGCUUACACAUGAGAAUCCACUCUUGGAAGUCUCUUCUUUCUUUCCACUGCAAACCAGAAGACACAAUUUGCCACUUGGCAUAAUCCUUUUGACAUUUUCCACCUUCCUGCUCCUACUUUUAUUUUUAAACUGUUUAAGGAAACUCUGCUUUACAGGUUCUACCAGCAAUUUUUUUCUCCUUUGCAUUGAGGACACCUGCAGUGACAAAUUACUAUAUCACACGAACACAUACAUGAAGUAAACACUGGGACAAUGGAAAGACCACUUGAGGCUACCAGGAUGGAAAAAUCCACUUCCGCCUGUGUUCUCAUGGAAAGAAAGACUCAUGUCAAGAUUAACAGGAAACAAGUCAUGCUAGCUAAACUGAGGAAGAGCUGCUCCUGGACUCCACAGAAACUGAAGAACUUUCUCAUGGACUUCCUUCCUGUUUUACGAUGGCUUCCCAAAUACAAGUGCAAGGAGUACAUUUGGGGGGACGUUAUGUCUGGCUUAGUGAUUGGCAUCAUUUUGGUGCCCCAAGCAAUUGCAUACUCGCUGCUGGCAGGUCUGAAGCCCAUUUAUAGUCUGUACACAUCAUUCUUUGCCAACAUCAUCUAUUUCUUAAUGGGCACAUCCCGUCAUGUCUCAGUUGGCAUUUUCAGCUUGAUAAGCUUAAUGGUAGGACAAGUUGUGGACCGAGAACUUCUCUUGGCUGGGUUUGACUUGAAUGACGAUGCCUCAUCACCCUUGGGGGAUGGCUCUCUACAGAAUGACACCCAGGCCAACACAACUGCCUUCAACCUCACAAUUGCAGGGAUGAAUGCUGAAUGUGGGAAAGAAUGCUAUGCUAUUGGCAUCGCUACAGCCUUGACAUUUGUAGCUGGAGUGUAUCAGGUUUUAAUGGGAAUCUUUCGUCUGGGUUUCAUAUCUAUGUACCUAUCUGAGGCUGUUCUAGAUGGCUUUGCAACUGGUGCUUCCUUAACCAUUUUAACAGCUCAAGUGAAGUAUCUGAUUGGAAUAAAAAUCCCACGUAGCCAAGGGCAUGGGAUGCUUGUUAUUACCUGGAUUAAUGUUUUCCGGAACAUUUCUCAGGCUAAUAUUUGUGAUGUCAUCACAAGUGCUAUUUGUAUCCUGGUGCUGGUUACUGCUAAGGAACUGGGAGAUCGGUAUAAGCAUAAGCUGAAAUUUCCUCUUCCCACAGAGCUAGUAGUUAUUGUUGUGGCAACACUGGUGUCACACUAUGGGAAGUUAAAUGAAGUGUAUGCAUCCAGUGUUUCUGGAGCUAUUCCUACUGGAUUUAUUCCUCCCAAGGUACCACCUUUCAACUUAAUGCUCAGAGUCGCUGUAGAUGCUUUGCCUCUUGCCAUAGUCAGCUUCGUCUUCACUGUAUCCCUUUCUGAAAUGUGCGCAAAGAAAUAUGCUUACUCUAUCAAAGCCAAUCAGGAAAUGUUUGCCGUGGGGUUCUGCAACAUCAUUCCUUCUUUCUUCCACUCUUUUGCAACCAGUGCAGCUCUGGCGAAAACACUUGUCAAAACAUCUACAGGCUGCCAGACUCAAGUCUCUGGAGUAAUUAGUGCAAUGGUGGUUUUGCUGGUGCUGCUCUUCUUGGCACCUCUCUUCUACUCCUUGCAGAAGUGUGUCCUGGCUUGUAUCAUCAUUGUCAGCCUCCGAGGAGCCCUGAGGAAGUUCCGAGACGUGCCAUCCCGGUACCAUAUGAAUAAGGUGGACACAUUUGUUUGGAUUGUUACCAUGUCUGCCUCUGCCUUGAUCAGCACAGAAAUAGGGCUGUUGGUUGGCAUUGUUUUCUCCCUGUUAUGCAUCAUUGUUCGGACACAGAGGCCACGAACAGCCCUGCUUGGUCAGAUCCAAGACACCAACUUUUAUGAGGAUGAUUUAGAAUAUGAAAAUCUCUCUUCUGUUCCAAAGAUCAAAAUAUUCCGUUUUGAGGCCCCACUUUACUAUGCAAAUAAAGACUACUUCCUCAAGUCUCUGUACAGAUUGACUAACUUGGAUCCUAACCUCGAAGUUGCUAGAAGGAAGAAAUAUGAGAAGAAGGAAAAGCAGCAUCUGAAAAAGGGAGAUCACACAACUCCUAAUGGACUGGGCACUGGAGAAACCACUCUGCAACUGGUUCCUAAGCAAACUGACUUCCAAGCCCUUGUUGUAGAUUGCUCAUCCAUCUUGUUUUUGGACACCACUGGAGUUAAUACUCUAAAGGAAAUCCUGAAAGACUACAAGGUCUUAAACAUUUCUGUUCUCCUGGCUUGCUGCAAUCCCUCAGUGAUAGACUCUCUGAAAAGAGGAGGUUACUUUGGGAAAGAUUUUGGCAGCAUGCAGGAAAUGCUGUUCUACAGUAUACAUAAUGCUGUACAGUUUGCAAAAGAUCAAAAGCUUCCAGAAGAUUGCUCAGUUUAAUCCUGUGUCUUCCCUAACGACUCACUACAAAAGUGACAGAGAGGGGCAGUUUGCAAUGAUUAAAUUACCAGACACACUGUUCACUGUGUACAGCAAUGGGUGUACAAGCCACUCUGUUCUGAAGAGGUCUGCUGUUUGUCAGAUGCUACACAGAACAGCCACUGGGGAUGCAGUGGAGGACCAAGAUGGAACAGGUUGGAUUGUCUUAUCUGCACCUUCACUUUAAAAUGCAGGUGGUGUGCAAUACGGCAGUUUGGGAUUGACUGCCCCCUUGUGCCAUGAAUGCGUGUGACUCAGCAUAUACAUCAGGAGACUGCCACACUGGAAGGUCUGCCCAGUGCCAGCUGACAACGUUUCGAUGGCUGGUGUGUUUUAGGAGGGCUAAACCAUUUCCAUGAAAAUGCAAUUAAUUCAGCAUCUUGGACCUAACAAUUUAAAUUCCAUCUUGCAAGGUCUUGCCCCUUCCAGCAUUCUAGGUGUGCUCCUGAACAACUCCCACUGUUUAAGUACAAAUAAAAUGCAUAAAAUAUUGUGGACUGUAGCAUGUCUCGCCACCUUGAUUACAUAGGCUUAUACAACCAGCCAAAAGAAGAAACCAUGAUCCAUCACUGGUUUCUCUCAAAACCAUCAUUUCCAAAAAAUUGCUGCUGGAGUCACUUGUGCUAUUGGCUUCCAUUUGUGGUAAUUAGUUACUAAAGGUUGUGAAACCCCUAAUGAUGCUGGAAGAACCAUGACUUUGCUGCACAAUUUUGUAACUUUUUUUAACUAGUAAGGGGAUAAAGAGAAAAAUUAAUGGUUUUACCUGGCAGUCACACAGUUACCCACACCGUUGUACCAUCCCGCAAAAAUAAGUUGCCUUUGGUGGGCACAUGCAACUCCAGGGACAAAUGAGGACUAUCAAACAUAAAAUCUUAGAAUUG